GCCGCCAUCUGUCGAAUACCGAUUGCAAACUUAAAGUUAGUGGCUAUUACAAAGUACUUAUCAUAGCUAAGAAUACAAGAUCCAAAAGAGACACUAAAUGAUUCGAUAACAUCAGUUUGAUAAAGAGUAGUGGUGGAUGAAGACUGUUCUUGAUCCAUUACCAAGGAAAUCGACCUUGCUGAACUAGGAAUGUAGAACGGACAACAUUUUCAUGAUAGAAAAACUGGCAGCCAAACGUACACAACUGCAUGGCCAUGUUUUCCAUGUGUUGCUACUGUUUUAAAUUUAAAUAUAAUAUAAUCCCCAAGAGGUGGACCUGGUCACGAUUUCACGCUUCCGAAGAUGACGUCUCCGAAGCAGUCUGUUUGAGUGGCCAUCAUCUCCCACCAGGACAUCAAAAACUUGGUGUGACAUUGCCAAACACCGAAGAAGGAUGGACGGAGAGGGAAAGAAGGUUUUCCAUGUACUCUGUAAGCACUGAUGCUAGUACUGUCUCUACGUCACUCCAGUUCUCUGACACCUCACAAUCAACACUCCAGAAGUUGGAAGAAACUAAGUCUUCAUGGCAAUCCCAAGAGGAUUUUGACUUGGAGGAAGCAUGUGAAAAUGAUGAUAUGAAUAGCGAUCAUUUUGGAUACCUUUUAUUUAACACUGACUACGAUGAUAAGCACAACAGGUUGACGGUAAUUCUGAAGAGAGCAGAAGACCUUCCUUACAUGGGACAAGAAAAGACUUACGAUACCUUUGUCCGGGUAACUGUUCUGCCCUGUAAGAGAAAGUACUUCAAAAGUUCUAGAAUUGUUAAAAAUGCCCUCAAUCCAGAAUUUCAGGAGUAUCUCACUUUUCCAAUAGAGAAAAAAGACCUACAGAAGCAAACGUUAAGACUGUCUCUAUUUGAUUACUCUAGACAAGGCAGACAUGAUGCUAUCGGCCACAUUCUGGUUCCUAUGUACCAAGUGGUUCUUCAGAGAACAAAAGAUCACCGUCUUCCCUUAACGCCUCAGUCGUUGCCACUUGAAAACCUCGGUCAAGUUCUUCUUGCAUUGAGUUACUCAUCUACGAAGAGUCUGUUGACAGUUAGCAUUCUCCGAGGACGAGACUACCGAAUUAAUCCAGCCGUUGUGAAGACUCCUUUAAAGAAUUUAUGCAGUAAAGGUGAACCGUUAUUGAUCUCUUUGAUGUCACUAGCUUUUGCUGUUGUCGUACUGGUAACAGUCGGUUUUACUAUCUAUCGACGUCGAAAAAACCAAGGAAGCUACGAAGAAUUUCCACAAGGCACUAAAGUCGAACGCUCUUCUAGAAGAUCGACUGAUGCAUCAAUGUACGGAUGCAUCACACAAGAACGGCCGAUCAAUUUUGUGGUUCCCGCCAUGUCUCUCUCUAUCUUGCACAGUCCAGGAGAAACGUCUUUGUCAUCUAGUUCUUCUCCUGACGCCAUAUUGGGAUCUAGACUCUCCUUGAUUGACAACGGACCACUAGGGCCUUCUGACUCGCCACUCUUGGGUGGACUAAACCCAGAACUGUACAAAGUUUCCUACGAUAACACUGGAGAGGAAUUCUUUUUUCCGGAUGGCCACAGAGGUCGUCUCUGGUUCAGUCUGGAAUAUGAUGCUACUAAAGAAAGGCUUGUUGUGCAGUUAAUAAAGGGAAAAAAUUUUCCUUCAAGAACUCUCGGAUCUGUAAACUGCUGUGAUCCAUUUGUAAGAAUUUUCUUGCUUCCUGAUGAGCGCCGCUACCUUCAAACAAAAAUAAAAAAGAAAACGUGCAACCCCAAAUUUGAGGAAAAUUUUGUUUUCCAGAUUCCCAAUAAAGCAAUAGAAGAACGGACUCUGAAGUUCACGGUUUUUGACAGCGAUAGAGGAAAAAAGUACAACCUCAUAGGUCACGUGAUCUACCCUCUAAAAGACACUGACGUCACCACCAAUGAAAAUGUCAUCGUUUGGAGGGACUUGGAAAAAGAUGUGGAUGAGGCCUCUUCAGAACACGGUGAGAUGCUGGUCAGUAUGACCUACAGCCACAAUUUGGAGCGUCUGACUGUUACAGUAUUCGAAGUUCAAGGUCUACGACUACCUGAAGACACGACUGUUCUGAAUACCUAUGUUAAAAUCACGUUUAUGUUGGACAACAAACCAGUGAAAACUAAAAAGUCUCUUGUAGCCAAAAAGACAGCAGAGCCCAAAUAUAAUGAAACCUUUAUAUUCCGUCUUGCUCCUAACUGUGUCAACACGGCCAGCUUCAUCUUACAAGUAAUGGCGGCAAGUGGAAGUCAGAAAGAUAAAUCUCUGGGAAGAGUUGUUCUUGGAUCCUACAUGUUUGCCAGAGGAAAAGCUAUGGAACACUGGAAUGAAGUAGUUACUGGAAAUCACCGCCAGGUUCGCUGUUGGCACAAACUGACAUAGCACAAAAUAAAUGACUAAUAAUCCAGAAUCACUAAAACACGUGACUUUUCCACGUGUCUUUGUUGAAUGUUUCAGCUCAGUGUGAGAUGUUAAAGCUAACCACAUGGAAUUAUUUUGAUAAGAUGAAGAGAUUCCACAUAUUAAAGUACAAUUACAAACAUGUCAUACCUGAGAAUAAUUUCUGUAAUGCAGAUAACAGAAAAAAUCUGAAUCAAAAAGUUUUUCCUUCGAUCGUAUAAACAGUGGAGAAAAAUAAAUAUUAAUUUAAAGUGGCAAAACCGGUAGAAAUGUCAAACAUGUAAGCAAAUAAUGCUAAAAGCCUGUAGAAGUGUCUAUAUAUGAAUAUAUGGAUUAUCAGUUUAUAUGUUAGAUUAUUUCAUGGCCGUAGUGCCCCGAUAAACGACAUAGUUAAGCUUAUCGCUCUGUUAAACACAUAAUUUGUAUUUACUGGCUAAUCGAUUUUCGUAUUUUUUCGCUAUGUGACUUUCAAAUUUGUAACAAAUCUAAGUGGAAAAAGUUUUAUAUAUAGUCUUUUUUUUUUGAAAAAUACACAGUAGUAAAUUGCAGUAGAGGGCUCUGCUAAUUUUAUUAGUGGUGUAGGUACUAGAUGUUUUGUACAGUUAUAGUCUGCAUCCAAUUUCUGCGGUUGAUGUUGUCAGCACUAAAAUAUAUAACAUAGUUUCAAUACUAUUAUCAUUGAACACAUUUAGUAACUAAUACGAGUACAUGUUAUAUGAUUUUUAAUUUUUUUAAUAAGUUAGAGUUUUUACAAAUACUUUUAAGUCGGCAUCCUUUUUUUUUCAUAUUUAAUGUAAAGUGUUUUCAACUACAUAUGGUUUGAUUCAAGAAACUUUUUUCUAAAGUUAUCGCAAGCACUUUUGAUCACCUGAGCUUUCAUUUCCGCCUUUAGUAACUACUAAAGGUAUAAGAGAUGUUUCUUUAGUUCCGAAAGCAAAAGCAAUAUCACUUGUAUUCUUUUUUCAAAUAAAGUGUUCUCUCUUCUUUCCA